AUGGGUGUUUGCUUAAAACUGUCCAUGUUGCUUGCUCUUGCCGGAUUUGUUGAGACCAGGCAGAUCGCAGCAGCGCACCCCUCUGCUGGACAUAAGCACCUCCAGUCAGAUGCACGAAAUAUAAAAAAUUAUGUUGGAAUCGGUUAUGAUGCGGUUUUUGGUAACCCCUUGGGUGCCUCCGGACCGAGCAAUGAUUCGGGUUACAGAAACCUCAUAGUUGAGUCGCAUAAAAGCGCCAUUGAUAAGCAAUCCAAUAAACCGCAAAGCAAUGGGGUCUGGAAUAGGGAACUUGCUACAUGCUGGAGAAGCGAUAGUCGGGAGGGCGCUGGAGACGACGAUCUCAUGCGCGACCUCCAAAAUGAAUUCCAGCUGGAAGGCGCCGAGAGCAACGAAUUACUGGAGGCAAACUUGCGCUAUGCAAUAGGCGACAGCGAGCCUAAAGAGAAAUCCGGGAAGUAUACAAUAGCGAAAUCGUUUUGCGCAACCAAGGAAGGUGGAAUAAUAUUGCCUUUCAAAGGCAAUUUGUCGCCGUUGUUCGUCAAAGACGUGGGCAACCUGCCAAAUGAGCUCACGGGAAUUAAGACCUGUACGCCUGACGUCUAUGUCGUGGAACCAUCCAAUAAGGAUUGCGAGGCUAUCAACAAAUGGGUGCAGUUUUUCAGACGAUACGGGACGCACAUCACCAGCCACAUAGUUGUAGGUGGUCAAAUCAUAUUCAUCGACCGGGCAGUUAAUCAGGUGGUGUCUACGGCAAUCGGAUGCGAUAAAGUCGCCAGUCCUAAAAAUGUGUCCAUAUAUCAUGGAUUUAAAAGCGUCAUGAAAGGCCGGCGCGAAUCUCGCCAAAUGUGGGUGAUAGGAGGGUUCUACGUAAAGGGAUUGGAGUCGAAUGAUUUACGCGCAUUGAAAUUAUGGGCUAGAAGCUUAAGCCAGCGACCUAUGCCCAUACGUGCGACAUUUACGUCGCUGGACCAUUUUCUUGGCGACAAAGCAAAGACAUACCACGAAGCAAUGCAGUUCUACCGGAACUUUCAGAGUGUUGCCAAUGGCCAUUCGCUCAACUACCGGACAUUCAGCCAAAUGUUGAGAGAGACGGUGACUGUAACUACGAAUAACGGCAUAGCACGUUGCCCUGCUAACAUGGCAGUGGUGGCGGGGUUUUCGGUAACAAAGCGUGAUCCCAUGCGCAUCGACACGUGCAUUCCUUCUAGGCCCUUUUGUGCAAGCGACGUGCUGCGAGAAGACACUAUAGUGGUGGCACUUUGUGCUAAGGGCGGUGGAUUCACUAUGACUGCCAUUGAGUCGACCGAGUUGCGUGCCUGUCCCGAUGAUUUGGUGGUUGCUUUCGGAUUCCAGCUGUACAUUGAUGAGUCCUAUUCAUUGCAAUUAACGGCAUGCCCUCCAGGCCGUGUAGACUGCGGAAUUAUGCCUGGGAAGCGCGGUGUUGAGUGGAAGGUUUGCACCCGACGUAACCUUCUGGAUUCAUCAUUUGCCCCCAUCACCACAGGUGCCAAAGUUGGUGAUUGGAAGUUGGUGCAAUGCAACGACCCACAAAAAAUUGUUUUAGGAUUCAUCCUCAAACGCAAUUACACCAAAUCGGAGAUCUCCGAUUGCCGCCCGAACAUGGCGACGUGUGCCAUAGCGUGUUCUGUUCGCGGAUGUAAGGAGGCUGUGUCGUACACGAUCUGCGCGUGA